AACAAAAAAUACAUUUCAAUAUUGAAAUAUACAUCGGUAAAAACUGAACCAUGCUUGGCGCCACAAGACGCGUAACUGCAUUGAUUCCUCGGAGACUACAACCAUUGCGCGAACUCCAUGAAGACAUCGAAGAAAGUAUACAUUUUCACAAGACCAAAGGCCAACACAUUCUCACUAACCCGAGAAUUCUGGACACUAUUGUUCGAAAGUCAGCAAUAAACCCUACCGACACGGUCCUUGAGAUCGGUCCCGGCACCGGAAACCUCACUCUCAAGCUUCUAGAAGCUUCUCAUGAGGUUAUUGCCAUUGAAAUCGACCACCGCAUGGUUAACAUUCUUGAAAAUCGUACUCACAAACGCGGCCUCCGCAACAAGCUAAGGUUGAUAACAAAAGAUGCAUUGAGAACAGAGUUCCCACCGUUCGAUCUCGUAGUCGCCAACAUUCCAUACAGUAUAUCUUCACCACUCUUGAUUAAACUUUUAUACGGUACGACACCGUUUCGGAGCGCUACUCUUCUACUUCAGAAAGAGUUUGCUCGAAGAUUACUUGCUAAUCCCGGUGACUCUGAGUUUAACCGUUUAGCCGUUAAUGUUAAGCUUCUAGCUGACGUGGAGUUUGUUAUGGAUGUUAGCAAAAGAGAUUUUCUUCCGCCACCUAAAGUGGAUUCCUCCGUCGUUAUAAUUCGACCAAAAGCUAAAAUUCCUACAGUUGAUCUCCAUCAGUGGAGGGCUUUCACUAGGACUUGUUUUAAUAACAAGAAUAAGACGCUUGGUGCUACGUUUAAGAGUAAGAGGAAAGUUUUUGAGCUGUUGGAACUUAACAAUGCAUCUGGCUUAAUUAGACAACAAGAUGAUUUUUGUUCGCUUAAGGAAAAGAUAAUCGGAGUUCUUAGGGAGGGAGGGUUUGAUGAUAAAAGGCCUUCGAAACUUUCGAUUGAAGAAUUGUUGCAUUUGAUGUCUUUGUUUAAUCAAGUUGGUGUAUAUUUUGAUCACCAUGGAGAGGUUGGGAAUGAAGAUGAUAGAUUUGAGGUUGAUGAUGUUGAUGACUAGUGAUAAGCAUCAACCACUUUGUGACAUUUUUGUAUAUUAUUAAGAUCAGAUUCUGUCUUGCUCAUUAGCCAAAGGUUGGCAGUUGGAUUGAUUCAAUAGCGCUGAGAGAACAAUGGUCCCGUUGGUUCAAUCCAACGGUUGAUCAGUGACUGCAAAGACAGGAGAAAGUAUGAUCAUAAUUGAUUUGUUUUAUUUGCAUAAUAAUAUAAAAGAAUAUUGAAAUUGUUUAGUAACUUAAUGCAUCUCUUGUAUAUUGUAAUGUGCUCCUUUAGAAUAUAUGCUUACUUAAAAUAUUAAAAGAAUAGAGCAUCUGAAAACAUGGCAUUGAUGAAUAAGUAGAAAUUAUUAGUUGUUCAAUUCAUGAAUCACUACUCAGGUUUAUGCUGGACACUUAUAUGUAGCGGCUAUAGAACGGAACCACAAGUCCACAACUAGACAUAUGUAAAAUUUCCCCUCAAAUUAUAGUGGUUAUCUAUCAAACCAUUACAAUAUAUGUGUUAUAGUACCUUUCCAAAAUGAGCCUAGCUUUAAUUUUCAUUCAAAUCUCAGAUAUACAGGAAGGGACUGAUCUACCUCAGGCUAGCGAGGGCUUGGCUUCCUCCUAGACAACUUUGGUUUGUGCAACAAAUUUGUAUAAUUUUGCUCUGAUUUAAGGCGGAACAUUUUGGGCAGCAACUGCUCAUAUAUCACUGUUGUGAUAGGCUCAGGUGAUAUGGGCAAUGGCGCAACUUGAGUGGAUCUUUAGAGUUUAGACCGAUUCUAAUGAUUUUGUUUGUGGCCUAUUUCAAUAUCUGAAUAUCCGUGGAAUUAUUUGGAUUGGUCGAAUUGUUACUUUCUCAUUCUCAAAUUUAAAUCAAGUAUCGGAGCUAUCCAUAAUUGCAACUAUCAAUCUAUAAUGUCCCUCGUUUAUUUUGGAAUUGGACUUGGUCUAGGCAUAGCCAAAGCAGGACACCGUAAAAUCUCAUGCCGAGCAAAAUACAAUGAAAAGGGCAAUUAUGGUGAGCAUUGUGAGUAUUGCAACAUUUUAUCUAUUGUGUGGAAGCAUAGGUUAUGCAAACUUUGGAGAUUAUGUACCUGAAAACCUACUGAUCGGGUUUGGUUCCUAUUACUAUAACCACCUAUAUUGGCUUGUCGACAUUGCCAACCUCGCGGUUGUUGUGCAUUUGAUUGGGGCAUACCAGGUGUUUUCCCACGUUUGUCAAGAAUUGGGCUGCACAUAGGUGGUCUCGUAGUGAAGUUUUUACAGAGUAUGGACUGCCGGUAUUUCGUCCAUUAUGGAGGACCAGCUAUGUUGUAUUCACAACCUGCAUGACCAUGACAUUACCAUCUUUCACAUAUAUAAUUGGAAUAUUAGGAGCUUUCGGGUUCUGGCCCUUGGCUGUUUAUUUCCCAAUUACAAUGUACCUAUGAGAGAAAAAAAUUCGGAAAUGGACUAGAAGAUGGGUAGGACAUCAGAUGCUCAAUGGAUGUGAGAUUUCCAUACUUGCUGCUAUUGGAUCGAUUGUAGGAUCGUCUGAUUUAAAUUGAAAACUGUUUGAUUGUAAUCAAUUUUAGAUUGGAAUUUCAGGUUUCAAUUUUAUGUUGUAAUCUCCCCCUUUGGUUAUGCAACCCUCGGAGAUCAUGCACCUGGAAAUCUAUUGGCCGGAUUUGGUUUCUAUUACUAUAACCUAUAUUGGCUUCUCGGCAUUGCAAACCUUGCGG